AUGAGCAUUAGUAACUAUAAUUACGUUAGCAUGACGUAUGCUCGAGGUGGAGGCGAUUCAGCCGUUGGAUUCUCUGUGACAGGAGUUGUUGCCUGCCCUGGAACGAACACCACCUACAUCUUCGCAUUUUCCAAGAAGACAAUGAAGUAUGAGCAGUACUACUGCGUGAAGUGUAAGGGGUUGAAAAAAACCAAAAUCAUCGCAGUUCGGGAUAACAAGUUCUUGGAAAAUCCGUGCACCAUCGGUCACAUCUGCACACCCGUUGAAGCUGCCAAAGACAUCGCCCUAAGAACAUCUUAUGAGAUGGUCCAUAACAUCAAGACCGAUCCGACGUCGAGCAGCAAGCCUCCCCUUCAGCACUGGCUGAGCACACUUAAGGAAAUUGAUCAAAAUCCAAAGCUAGAUGACGACACUCGAGCCAAAGUGAUGGACGAGUUCAGGGGAGAAGGCUUUUCGCAUAAGAAGCGCACCAUCAGGAGAGCAGCAAACACCGGUGACAAGGCUACUCCAGUCACAAUGGACAAUGUCCCAAGUUACCUCGCCAACUUAAGGGACGGAAGCGCUUUCCUUCAGCUGAAGCAGCACGACAUGCACGUGUACAUCUCGGAUUUGUCGUUAGAGAAAGCUUGUAGAAACGCUCUGUAUGUUCUCGUUGGGGAUGGUGUACAUAGUAAGGCCCCCCGUUGCGUGAGGAAAGGCUCGCAACUGUACGUCAUCCAUGGGAUUUGUCGUGGUGGAGUUGACGUCCCUCUCCUGUAUGCCAUCAUGGAGAAAAAAGAUAAGGCCGCCUACGAAACCAUCCUCCUCCACCUCAAAACGCACUUGCUCAGAUAUAACGUCAACUUGAAGGACCUGAGAUUUGUGGUGGACUACGAAAGGGCUGCGAUUGCUGCGAUUCGUUCGACGUUUGAAGGAAUUACAGUCCAGGGCUGUGCUUUUCAUUUAGCUUUAGCGUGGAACAGGCGGCGAAACGGAUAUGGUCUGACACGUUUUAUAACUGGGAAUGACAGCGUACCAGAAGUCCUUGACUGGUGGAAUACCAUCAAGGGCUUGAUUUUUCUUCCAAAACGUCUUCACUCUGUAAUCCAGGCACUAAAAAAGCCGCCUGUUCCACAAAGCCACCCUGCGUUCACUGGUUGUUCUAAUUUCCUGAAUUACCUAGCAACAACAUGGUAUCGAGGAUCGCUCGCAAACCUUUGGGACAAAUCUGGGGUGACCGAUAUAAGAACAACAAAUGUUGCCGAAGCAUUCCAUCGACGUCUGGGGGUACUUUUGCAAGAUUACCCGACUCUCGCAGAAGUGAUUGAGGUGUUCCACGCACUGGAGAUUGACUGCCGUUCGGCGCUAAAUUCUGCAGAGAUGCAUCCUGAAAGACCGAAGAAGAUCAGUCAAGAGGCCCAAGAGCGGAGAGCUGAAAUAACAGCAGCCAUGAACACAUUUGAGGAACAGUAUAGAGCUACUGGAGUUACGCGCGUACAAGCAGAAGAAUACUGCAAACGGAUGGCGAGAUAUGUCACGGACAAGGCUUUCUGA